GCUGUUACCAACACUUUGUCGUCACACGUGACCACCUCUUCCGUACCGUAGGAAUGGUUCAACAAUCCCGACUCAAAAUCUGAGAUACUUGUAUUGUCCCAUCACUUGUUUUCUUCUUCAUCAACCACAACCAUUUACAUCCAUACGAUCAUCGCUAUUCACAUACAGCCAUACGAUAGAUCAACUCGGAGAGCACAUCCCUCACCUCUCAGCCCUCGCAUCACUUUACCAAACCAGAUUCACUAUACCCACUAUGUCUGACGACGACUGGGAUGACGACUAUACUAGCGACGACGUGGAAUAUGAGGACGAUCCGUAUGAAGAUGACGACGAUGAAGACCAAGAAGAGGAGAAUGUUGAGGAAGAGGACGUCAAUCAAACCGAAUAUGUGGAGGAAAUCGACGAUGACAAUGGCUCUGAGGCGGAAGGAGAGGACGAGGACGAGGACGAGGACCAGGAGCGCGGUACGGGUUCAAUGUCCAAUUACGAAUAUUCCAAGCCUUGGGGAGGAACUGGAGGGUUCAUGGACUCUUACGGGAUCGAACGGACGCCGGAGGGAUAUCAAGAGGCAAAUGAAUUGGUGGAUACGAUGAGGGAGGCGGCGGAGAGGGAGGGUGAUGGUGGGAGGAGGAAGUGA